ACUAGUAAAUAAACCUGGCCAAAUAUCAACAAAUCAUCGUGUGAGGAGGAGCGCGCACAGUUGUUGGUUUCCGACUUGAAUUGAGUGAAUUCUGAAACAGUACUUCGCUUUCCAGUUGUUAAGGGGAGUUUGAAAGUUAAUUUUCAGCGUGUCUGACACGAUGGCUUCAACGCAGAGGCCAGAACAUUCAGAAGAUCUUAUUGAUUCCUGGGUGGAACUGCACUACAGCAAUCAACCCAUGAAUCCCCCAGAUGUUAUAGAAGCAAGUUCAAGCAGCGCCGACCCUCAAGUAUCUUACACAGGCAGUAUUGAGAAGCUGCUUAUUGAUGCCCAGAGGGAGUCUCGGACCCCAUCUCGACCACAGAGCAAAGAGUCUUCUGUAGGGGGAAGUCCCAAAAGUCCUCCAAGUCCAAGUGGUGAAUGGCCAAGUGAAGAGUGGAAGUCAAAACAGGAUCCUGGCACAGACUGGAUAUGGGAUUGGUCAAGUCGACCUGAGGCUCUGCAAUCAUUUGAAAACUGGAAUGAAAGAUUUCGACACCCAGGAAGCAAAGGACGGCCAGCCUUGAGCGUGCGUAACACCAAUGUAAUGAAGAAGACACGUCUUUUCUCCUUGGCCAACCUGCCGACCCUGAUCCUCACACAUGCUUGUACAUUCUUCUUGGGAGCAGCAGCAGUUCUUCUGUACAUGAAGAAAUACUGCAACCUCCCCGCCAUAGCUCAUGCCACCCUGGACUGACGCAAGCUCUCAUAGUAUUCCCGGACAGAUUUCUACCACAGGGCUCUUAAGGAGCCGAGGAAUUUUUUUUCUGUACAUUUUUGGGGAGAUUUUUUUUAAAAUACAGAGGUUAAAUGGUGUCUCCCCAUUUGCUUUUGUUUUUUUUCCCAACAUGUUAUUUUCACAAAGCAUUUUAUUCUCUGUUAUGUUUUUAAUUCAAAUGUUGAUUUCACCACUCAUUUUCAUCUCAACUGUGCUGGUAUGUGCUGUAUAUAAUCCAUCGCCUUUUCUUUGUUCACACAUACAAGUACUCUGGUAAACCAGGCAUGUGUCUCUGUGUGUUAUGGGUUCUCUAUCAGACCAUAGAGUUUAUCUCUCAAGGGCAGUCCAGUAGGCUAAAUCUUUGUGCUUCUGUCACUUCUCUGUGGGUAUGAUGGACAUUCUACUUUUCCCCUUUCGUUUUUGACUUUUAAGGCUAUGACACUUCUAUGACAGCGAAUCGGGGGGACUGUCUCAUGGUUUCUUGUCAAGUGUAGUGUUGAAGGUUAAUACACAAUUUUGUCUUUUUAGACAUUUGUCCUUUCUUUAGGGCUUACCUGUUGACCUUCCCGGGGCUCUUGGAGGAGAGGUGUCGAGAUAGGAAUGCCCUUGAGAAUGAAGCCAGAACUGAUGUUUGCAGCCUGGUUUUUUUUUGUCUGCCUUCCACUUUUGCUUAGCAUGGCAGAGCAAAGAGUCAUAAUGCGGUCUUUUCAAAAAUUGCUGUAAAACAUUGGAAAUGUGUUAAUGUGUCAGAGAGUAAGUAGCAUGAAAAGUGAAGUUGUUUAUCAAGGGUUCUUUGGUCAGCUAAAUGCAUCCAUUACGCAAAAAUUUUGUCUUUGGUUGAGGGGAGCAGGCACUACCUAGAAUAGGUUUAGCUAGAUAGAUCACUGUAUACAGUCUAUAUAAUUCCAAAGGAGGGGAAAAGUAUGAUUUCCUUUUCAGGGACGUUUUACACAAAGUUACAGUUUGUGUAUUAAUUUGGUAUCAGUUGAGGUCCAAAUUCACUAACCCUCAUGACAAUUUAUGAUGAGCCCCUUAGCUGUGAAGCUUGACCUAAAUGAUUCAUCCUAUUAUUGUAUUUAAAAGGUGAGUGCAGUUAAAAUCUGUUCACUUUAUUCAGUUCUACAAGUAUUGUUUGCCAUGGCAAUAUCUUGUGUAGUUAUUAGACCAGUGGAGCAAGCAAUAUGUUCAAGAUUGUUUUUAUGAUUGGCAAAGAAAAAUGUUUUAAGUGGUGACUUUCCGUCUUUUGAAGAGAUAACACCAUUUAUGUUAUUGUUAUUUUGUUUAAUUGCUUCUGAAAACGCUUGUUUACAUGGAUCUUGAAGUUUAUAUUGUUGUGUAAACUAAAUUUUAUUGUAGAAAUUGAUCUAGAUCUUACAUGGGGUUUUUGGAAAAUUGCUUUAUUUGUAGACAGUACACUUCUUUUCUUGCAGACCGUUUUUCCCUCCUGAAGUAACACAAUGAAAAAGUAUCAUUUCAGUGCAGCUCUUUGCUUUCUAUCGAGAUCUUUUAAUUAAUGCCUCAGUGACAGGCUGGAAGGUUUUUCAGUAGACAGCACUCUGUAAUGUUCUCUUUUGGUCAGCGGAAAAGAAGCUGCAAGCUUGUGGCAAAUGAUCUGUGUGCAAAUUUGGAAUAAGAAAAAGACUAGCAGUUCGGUUUUGCUAGCUGAGACAACAGCAGCUGGAGGAAUGAUCGUCUUUUGUCCUGAUACUGUGUCCUCCGACUUUCUCACACAUUCCAAUGUCUGAGGAUACUUCUGCUUGGGACAGUGUUGAAAGUUUUGUUUUGCUUGGAAGUGCUUCAGUUCAGUCAAGUCAAAGUUAGGUAAGAAUCAAGGCAAUAGAUUGAAAUGUUGUGAAUUAUUUGUGGUGGCUUUGGUUAGACUUGUUAUGUGCCUCUUCUUCUCUUCAGUGACACUGUUAUCCUUAUCAAUUCUUGGGGGAGGGGGGAUGUAACACCUAUUGUGGAGACCUAUGAUUGGGUAUCUCCGACCAUCACUUGCAUUAUCACAGAGACCACCACUGGCAUUACCACAGAUCAAGGGAAAGACAAGGGAGGACAAUGAAAUGAACUCAACAGUUUAGAGUCUUCGAAGGACAGGAGCAUAAGAGAAAAUUUUUGUCUCAAACCAUUUCUGUUUCUUGGUUAUUGUGAGACUGGCAGGGCAGCUUUCCCAUUAUGUUGAUGUGUUUAGUUCUAUAGAAGAACAAGGUAUGAACAGUUAUGCAAACGUUGGUAUUUUGGAUUGAAUUUACUUGCUCAGUUUGGAAGGCCAAACUUUUGUCUGUCAUAUUAUGCUGAAUUUAUCCUGGUGACGUGUGCCUUUCUUCCAAAAUAGUAAAGGAAGAUUGUGUUUAAUUUGUUUCGGUUGACAAUAACUGUUAACUGGUAUCAGUUCAGGGGAAUUCAAACUAAAAUUUGUCUGGUCUAAUACUUUUUUUUAAAAGAUACACAAUUCCUCUGUGCAGUGAAAUAUACAUUAAAAAAAAAAAAUUUCAAUUUUGGAAAUAUGCUCUUGUUUAGCUUGUGCAAUGACACAUUUGUGUUUAUUUAAAAUUUGUUAAGUUCAAGCUGUUCAUUUCCAUACAGCCAGACAUUACUGUCCUUAUCUUAGAUAUAUGUGUGUGCUGUAUUUAUAAUUACAGAAUUUCGUGCUUUAGAAUGCUUUUGCUUCUGAAACAACGUUUGAGGAAUUUUUAAACCUCUUGUAUAUUUGUUGUACAAUCUUGGUUACCAAAUUUUAUGUAUGUUUCUUUUCACAUCUUUUGUUUGUCAGAAAUAAAGAUUUUAGGAAUUUUAGCCUCCCAGCUUUGCUUAUCAACAAAUUCAGUCUGUCAUACCAGAAUGGAGAUGGGAUGUCAAACUUGAUAAGAUGUAAUAUUUUGAGUUCAUGGGUUUAAAGAAUGCUUCUGUGGUUUAAAAUAAUGGCUUUUGGUUUGCCUGUUAUUUUCUAAUAAGUGCAGUUUAAACGGUCAGAUAAUAUUACUUUCAGAUAGUGUUUUCAGGGAGUAACUGAAGUGACAUGAUUAUUGUCCUAGACAAUACUCCCAUCAGCCACACUUAUUAAAAAACAAUGUUUCUGAUUGAGAUCAUCCUCCCUUCAAUGGUUACAUUUCCUGGAGGGAACAGUCAUGCUCUCCAUAAGUUUUGGUGCUUUUCUGGCUUUCACUUUCUCAGAGACGUUAACUUUUAUUCGACUCUGAUCUUUUGUGGAAUGAAAACAGGGUUGUUUUUUUUAUAAAUUUUGGCCUGAAAGCAUUCUCUAUCCUUUUGUGGUUCUCCAUGUAUAUUUUGGAUUGGUUAUUGCAUUUUCAUUAAAUGUUCAAUGUGCAAUCUCACUAAGGAAAAAUACAGGAAUUGAUGCCUACUUUUUGUUUCUUACUCAAGCUCUCAUGUUCAAUUCUUUUCAUUUGCAUGGUGAUAUACAUUGACUCUGGUUUAUUAUGUUUGUUUAUUAUGUUGAUUUAUUAUUUUUUUUAUUGAUUAAUAUGUUCGCUUUGUCAAAGGUUUAAAAAAGCAACAUCUUACAAGCUAUAUAAUUUUUUAUUUUAAAAAAAAAUUAAUUUAUCGGUUGAAAAUGCUGCGAAUGCAUCAAAGAGAUAAAAAUCUUAAGAAUAAUAAGAAUUAACAUCAGACUCAAUCAUGAGUUUUUAAAAUGAUAGCGACAUUUUAUUCACUCCAACCCUCUUGAUUUGAAAUUUUUAAAAUGCAUCUUAUCUUUGUGUUAAUAUUUUUUUAAAUUCAGGGGUGAAAUAUAAACGAUGCAGAACUAAAAAUAUUGAGUGGGGUUUUUUUUUCCUUUAUAUUUCAGUAUGAUUUUUUAGUUGAAAUGCUUUGUGGUGCAGUUUUAAACACUAUUUUAGUUGCUGUUUUUAUGCUUUUACUUGGGCAGGGAUUUUCAAAGGGCAUGCUGCCAUGUACAUAAUCACUGUAUAUUCUUGUACAUGAUGCAAAUUGGUACACAUUUCAUUCAUUACCAGAUUGCAUUUUUUUUUUUUUUUUUUUUUGUAAACACAUUGUCCCUAGUCAUUGAGGGUACAAAAAAAUGCUUGUGAAUAAUUUUGGCAAAUUCAAUAUUGUAGCUAUCAAUGUACCUUUGCUUUCUUGUUGAUCUAUUGAUAGUGCGUGAUGAAAAGUUGUACCUCAAAACGACACUUACAAUGAAGUUACAAGCUUGUUUCAUUAGUGUACCUUUGACUUUAAGGUGGAGGAAUAUUCAUAAAUAGUGUGCAUUUGUGAAAUGGACUUGGGGCAAUGGGUUUAUUAGGUAGUAAGUUUGUUCAUUGUUCUUAAAGAAACUACUAGGGAGUUAUUGAUGCAGAUUUCCACUACUUGUCAGGAAAGGAGUUCAAGUUUUAGAGACUAUGACUUGUUUGACUAUUUAAUUAACAUCAGUUUUUUAAGAGCUGUUUCAUUCCUUGUCAAAGAUGAACAGAAAUAGGGGCCUUAUUCUUUUUGUUAUCUCUAUCUUCAUGCAGGAAAAAAAAGUCCGUUCUGAUUAAAUUACACUUAUGUUUUCACAGAAUGAUUUUUAUAUUUAUUUUUUAAAGAAAAUGUUCUGUAAGUUUAAGAAUAGCAGUGGACUUUAUAGUGGUAAUUUUAUCCCUUACACUUCUACUUCUAUGUUUUUCCCCUGUUCAUUUUUUGUUCUUUGUUUUAUUUUUGUUUUUAAUGUGCUGUGAAGUGGCGGUGUGGGGGUUUUACCAAUAUGUGAAUAUCACAAUGUUACUUGUUCCUCAGUUCUUGUUGGAGGCUGUGAGCUUCACGCAAUUUUUUCCCUGUUGAGAUUUUUAUGGGAAAAAAGCAAGAAACUUUUUAUAAAAUUUGUUUUCAAAACUUUUGUUACCUUCUGUUUAACAUUCUUUUGAAAGAGAAUGUAUUUCCAACAUUUUAUUUAUUUUGCAUUUGUUCUGUUUUCUUUGUUAGAAUUCCCCCCUGAUUUUUAGGGAACUAGAAUUUUACUGCUGAAUCAGCCAAAAGUUGCAGACCUUCAGUGUAAGGCUGAUUACACCCUCUCCCACAGCUAGACCCUGAUGAUGGUUUUGGUUUUGGUUUUUGUCUUGUUUGAUUGGGACUGGAGGGUGCUCCUUCAGGAGCUGAGACUGCAUUAUUUUAACCCUUCCAGUACAAUUCAAUUGAAUUGCCAUGAAAACAAAGCAAUCAGAUGGAGGCCCAUCUGAUGACCCGAAGACAUUACUCUAUGUUGACUUUGUACCAAGGUUUUGGUAUAUUCAGGUACAUGUCGUCUGGUACUGAUGAAUUCAUGUGUGUGUAAUAUAAGCUCGGACCCUUAUCUCAACCAUGGUAUAAUUGUAUCUUUAAUUUAUGAUAAAUAAAAUGGAUGUCUUGGAAAACAU